AUGCCCCCCGCGCGGGCAGCAGCAGCAGCAGCGGCGGCGGCGGCGGCGGCGGCGGCCGUGGGCACGGGCACCAUGAGGAGUGGGCGGCAUCAGCCUGCCUCGGGGGCAGCUGCCCGGGGCUGGGCACUGCUCUGCCUCUGCGCCCUGCUCCCCGGGGGCCACGGCACCUCUUGGAGCUUCGGGGGAACCGCCCAGUUCUCCCGCCGCAGAAACUGGUGCUCGUACAUAGUGACCCGGACUGUUUCCUGCCACAUCCAGAAUGGCACCUACCUGCAAAGGGUCCUACAGAGCUGCCGGUGGCCCAUGAGCUGCCCUGGGAACAGCUACAGAACGGUGGUGAGACCGACAUAUAAGGUUGUGUACAAGACAGUGACCUCUCUGGAGUGGAAAUGCUGUCCGGGUCAUUCGGGGACCAACUGUGAAGAAGAUGUCGUCAGUUCCCUGGAGCCCGGCUGGCACGGCCCCUCAUUGCGACGAAUGGCCCUUCAUCCCACGGCGUCUUCAGGUUGUUUAAACUGCAGCAAGGUAGCAGAGCUGACGGAAAGGCUGAAGGUGCUGGAGGACAAGGUAUCAGUGCUGGCCCUAACCGAGCCAUCAGCAUCCCUGCCCCUUGGGGCUCCGCGGGAGGCCAAAGGGAGUGGGGACCCAGCCCUGCUGUGGGGGUUGCCAGCUGCCCAGGGGAGCCCUGGAGAUGAAGGAGGCAGAGGGCCUCCUGGAGCUGGAGAGCGACGGAGGGCAACUGUGCUCGCCCGGGAUGGCCGAGGAGGUGUUCCUGGGCCACCGGGGCCUUCUGGCCCCAAAGGAGACACGGGGAGCCGGGGCCCAACCGGAGUGCCUGGCCUGAAGGGCCCAGCAGGGCCACCAGGACCCCAAGGGCCACCUGGCAGCCCAGGUCGGGAUGGGGCUAAGGGAGAAAGGGGCCCCCCAGGACCUCCUGGACCUCCAGCCCCAACUGGACCCUCCACAGCCCAGAUCUCUGAACAGGGAGAUCCACUGCUCUCCAACACCUUCACUGAAACUGGGGACCUUGAGAUCCAGGGGCCUGUGGGCCCACCAGGCCCCAUGGGGCCCAUGGGUCCCCCAGGUCCUCCAGGUCCAGUGGGUAUUCCAGGCACACCUGGCCACAAAGGCUCACCAGGCCCAUCUGGAGCUGAUGGAACCAAUGGCCUCCCAGGGGAGAAGGGUGAGCGAGGCUACCAGGGGGAGCCGGGCCCCAGAGGUCUAGCAGGAGAACGGGGUGAACCAGGCCCCAAAGGUGACCCUGGAGAGAAGGGCCACUGGAACCGGACCUUGGCUCCGGAGCAGGGCCCCCCAACGCUGGAGCCUCUGGCUUUCCUCGGGGCAAGCGGGCAGGAGGACCAGCCACUUACCGGAUCAUCUCCCAUCUACUGGCCCAGGGAAGCGAGGACCAGAAGGACUGAGCCCGGUCUGCUUGGGCACCAAGUGGGGCUCAGGAUAGAGCCCCUUCCCACCUUGGACUCUUUCCAGGCUCUCAUCCCACAGCCUGGUCCCCAGGGAUGAGCUAUCUAUUUAUUGGAGUGAGCGAGCGUCGUGCCCAGGAAUGCAGACAGCCACCUGUCCACCCUAAGCGGUACCUGGGAGACUGCCCCCGAACCA